AUGGGUAACCGUGGGAUGGAGGAUUUGAUUCCGUUGGUAAACCGAAUGCAAGAUGCAUUUUCGGCUAUCGGACAGAAUGCCAAUUUGGACCUUCCACAAAUUGCUGUUGUUGGAGGCCAGAGCGCAGGGAAAAGCUCGGUCUUGGAGAACUUCGUGGGAAAGGACUUCCUCCCCCGUGGCUCUGGCAUUGUCACCCGCCGCCCCCUAGUUCUGCAGCUCAUCAACUCUCCGACAGAAUAUGCUGAGUUCCUGCAUUGCAAGGGCAAGAAGUUCACAGACUUUGAUGAGGUUCGGCAGGAGAUCGAGGCUGAGACAGACCGUGUCACCGGUCAGAAUAAGGGCAUCUCACCCGUGCCCAUAAACCUGCGUGUUUAUUCCCCAAAUGUGUUGAACUUGACUUUGGUGGAUCUGCCAGGAAUGACCAAAGUGCCAGUAGGUGAUCAGCCAGCUGACAUUGAGUUCCAGAUCAGGGACAUGCUGAUGCAAUUUGUGACAAAGGAGAACUGCCUGCUGUUGGCAGUGUCUCCUGCCAACUCAGAUCUCGCUAACUCUGAUGCCCUCAAGAUCGCCAAAGAAGUUGACCCACAGGGUGUGCGGACUAUUGGUGUGAUCACUAAACUGGAUCUGAUGGAUGAGGGGACUGAUGCACGAGAUAUUUUGGAGAACAAGCUGUUGCCACUGCGUCGAGGUUACAUUGGGGUUGUUAACCGCAGUCAGAAAGACAUUGAUGGGAAGAAGGACAUUAAUGCUGCCAUGGGAGCAGAGAGGAAGUUCUUCCUAUCCCACCCUGCCUACAGACACCUGGCUGACCGCAUGGGUACACCUUAUCUGCAGAAGGUGCUCAACCAGCAACUGACCAAUCACAUCCGUGAUACCCUCCCUGGGUUGCGGCAAAAGCUCCAGAGCCAGCUGCUGUCCAUUGAGAAGGAGGUGGAGGAAUACAAAAAUUUCCGUCCCGAUGACCCAUCCCGCAAGACCAAGGCCUUGCUGCAGAUGGUGCAGCAGUUCUCGGUGGACUUUGAUAAACGCAUCGAAGGCUCUGGCGAUCAGAUCGACACCUACGAGCUGUCGGGUGGAGCCAGGAUCAACCGCAUCUUUCAUGAGCGUUUCCCUUUCGAGCUGGUCAAGAUGGAAUUUGAUGAGAAAGAGCUUCGCAAGGAGAUCAGCUACGCCAUCAAGAACAUUCACGGCAUCAGAACUGGGCUCUUCACCCCGGACAUGGCCUUUGAGACCAUUGUGAAAAGGCAGAUUGCGAAGAUUAAAGAACCAUGCCAGAAAUGUGUGGAUAUGGUCAUUUCUGAGCUAAUCAAUACUGUUAGGCAGUGUACCAAGAAGCUAGCUCAGUACCCCAUGCUGAGAGAAGAGAUGGAAAGGAUUGUCACCCAGCACAUCCGUGACCGGGAGAGUCGUACAAAGGAUCAGGUUAUGCUGCUCAUUGACAUUGAACUAGCCUAUGUGAACACCAAUCAUGAAGAUUUCAUUGGAUUCGCAAAUGCUCAGCAAAGAAGCAGCCAAAUCAGUAAGAAGAAGGCAGCUGGAAAUCAGGAUGAAAUAAUGGUGAUCAGGAAGGGCUGGCUGACCAUUAACAAUAUUGGCAUCAUGAAGGGUGGAGCUAAGGAGUACUGGUUUGUCUUGACUGCUGAGUCACUGUCCUGGUACAAGGAUGAUGAGGAGAAAGAGAAGAAAUACAUGCUUCAAGUGGAUAACCUGAAACUGAGGGAUGUUGAGAAGGGCUUCAUGUCCAGCAAGCACAUCUUUGCCCUGUUCAACACAGAGCAGAGGAAUGUGUAUAAAGACUAUCGUCAGCUUGAGUUGGCGUGUGAAAGUCAGGAGGAUGUGGACGGCUGGAAGGCCUCGUUCCUUCGGGCUGGUGUCUACCCGGAACGUGUUGUGGAGAAAGACAAGAGUGACACCAGUGAGGAGAACGGCUCAGAUGGUUUCAUGCACUCCAUGGACCCACAGCUGGAGAGGCAGGUGGAGACCAUCCGUAACCUGGUGGACUCCUACAUGGCCAUUGUCAACAAGACAGUGCGUGAUCUCAUGCCGAAGACAAUCAUGCACCUCAUGAUCAAUAAUACAAAGGACUUUAUAAAUGCAGAGCUGCUUGCUAACCUGUAUUCAUGUGGAGAUCAGAACACACUGAUGGAGGAAUCAGCAGAACAGGCACAGCACAGGGAUGAGAUGCUGCGUAUGUAUCAUGCCCUGCGUGAGGCCCUGAGCAUCAUCGGAGACAUCAGCACCAGCACUAUUUCCACCAGUCUGCCUCCACCUGUUGAUGACUCCUGGCUACAGGUGCAAGGAGGCCGCUCUGGAGGACGGUCUCCAGCCACCAGUCCUACACCUCAAAGGAGGGCUCCUCCUCCAGGACCCCCGGCCCGGCCAGGUUCUCGGGGUUCGGCCCCUGGACCUCCCCCUGCAGGAGGUCCACCUGUCCCCUCUCGCCCUGGGGCAUCUCCAGAUCCGUUUGGUGGGCCACCCCCACAGGUUCCCUCCCGGCCCAAUCGUGCACCCCCUGGUGUGCCCAGCCGGCCAAGCAAGGGCAGCCCUUCACGUCCCGAGAGCCCACUUCCUCCAUUCGACUCUUAA